AUGGAAAAGUCAUUGAAAAUCAUUGGUGAAAAAGUGUAUGAACCCUGUACUGUUUUUGUGCAUUUCGGUCGCUAUUUUUCCGUUGUUUAUACCCUUGUAUACUGAUUGCUCGUUGAUUAGUGACUGUCGUUCAUAUGUUGUGCAGUUUGUAUGCUUAUUCGGUGUUUGCUAAUCGAUAAUUUCUAGUUUAUUACACCCGUCAUUACUAGUAGCAUAGUAGAUCUAAGAAUGGUUUGUGUGAGCCAGCGUUAGGGGAGAGAUGAGAGCGGAAGUUCGGGUUAGGAGUGAGUGUUCCGGUGAGGUGGAUGAAGCUGUGAACAGGCGAGCUGCUGCUUGGCUAAUAAAACACAGUUGAAGGAGUCAUUGCCUGACUACUACUUGCUUUUCUACUCCACACAACACUAUGGGUGACAUUUAGCGUCCCUUCCGCGCUACACGGUAUGCGUUAUGGAAGCCAAGUUUACUGUGUAGAUGGGCAUGCACUCCUGUCAGAACUGUUUUGUUGCAGCGAACGCAGUCCUCGAAACCACACACACACACCUUUUUUGUGUACAGCCAUUUGGGAUUCAUAAACGGCCUAAACCCUAGACCUGGACUCUGCAUCUCUUUUUUCCCCACACUCACCUGAGCACCAAAUAGUGUCCUGAUCCGACACCCUGAAGUGGUUGCUGCCACGCCUAUAGAUCCAUACACAUCCUCUGACACAAAAAUGAUGUCAAAUCAUCUAAGCAGUAAGAAUAGCCUGCCAGCAAAGACAGACUACAUUGAUUACUGAAACACGAGCCACUGGCUUACUCACUCUUUUGCACUUUUCCUCCAUGGACAUCGCAUCUGAACUGUGUGAGGAGCUCUUCUCCUGGCUGAAGCAGAGGAAACUCUGUAAGCAACAGCUCAUGACUCUGGCUCAGAAGCUGGAGAAUCUACGUGAGGAGAUGAACAAAGGUCAGGUGGUAACAAAUAGUUUUCAAGUGGCUGGGGGAACUGCACUGGUUGGGGCGGGGAUUCUCACUUUGUGCACAGGGGGGGCCGCUGCCCCAUUCCUGGCCCUGCUGGGAGUGGCUAGUGUAAUCUCUGCCACAACAGUCGACGUGUUUCUCAAGCUGGCGGAAACCUGGAGUUCAAGCAGUACGAUGAAGACUGCGAAAGGGAUCAUCCAGAAAGAUGAAGAGAUUGGGAGGAACAUCCAGAGGCUCCAGGAGAGACUGUUGGAGACAUGUGGAGAGCAGGCCCGUGGAGCUUCUUCCUCUGAUGGGAAACACGAAGCAGCUGUGUAUAUGUUGAAGGCCAUAGGCAUACAAAGUGGGAUACAGUUGCAAGACGCCUUGUAUCAGAAUCUCAUCUUUGUAGUUGGAUCUGCUGCAGCUGAUGGAGUGAAAAAGAGCCUACUGGCACCUGCUAUCUUGACAAAUAUAGCAUUAACCCUAACUAUGGCAGUGAUAACGGAUAUUGGAUUCAUAGGUCUGAAAUCUGCUGCUAAAGGAUCGGCAAAGGUUGUGGCUAACUGUACCGCUCAGGCGCUUGGUGGAGCAUUAGGGCUGGCAAUAUCGCUCCCUGAGCUCAUUAAAAACUGCAAUGAAAUGGUGGGAAAUAAUCAUGUGACCGAGGCCAGCCAAGCCCUGAGAGAGGCAGCCCAGGCCAUUGAGCAAGCCAGACAGGAGCUGAAGACGAAAUUGGAUGCUAUCCAGAAGAAGUUAAGAGACAUUGCCAGAGUGAGGGACCACCUCAGAAACUUGGGACCAUACAAGUCCAGCAUAAGUGAAAGUGACGAGGAGAUAGUGAACUACGCGAUGGAUAACUGCAACAGUGAUGUAAAGCAAUGGCUACAGGGCCAGUUUCAACAAGCAAUGUUUCUCAACCUUUUUCGAUUUUUUAUGAAUGAUCUCCUUAAUACACUGAAGGAAAGGGAAGAAGAGAUUCAGCGGAAGGCUCGGAAUGAGCACAUUCACCUUGUGUUUGUUGCUCAUGGUAACAUCACCAGCAACUUCUUGCCAGCCUGCUAUCUAAUGCCAUUCCAAUCCAUUAAGGACGUAAUCCUGUACUCUCCAUGGAACUGUGCGAUUGAUGCGAAAGCUGCUUGUGGCAUAGCAACAGGUCGUAUCAAACCUAACCAGAGAGUCUUCCAUAAUUACAAUCGCAAUCAUAUUCCCAGUGACCUGCCCCAAAGCUGGAAUUCCAUGCGCUCUGCUGGGAGUGACAAAAUACCAAAGAUCCUUCUCAACGCGGUUGGAAGCGAUGAAGAGGUAUGGCGUAAAUUCAGUAGCCUGAAGAAUUCACACAAACUCAAAGUCGAAGACCGCAUCAUUUUACCGUACUUAGUACCGCCAGGCGUGGGCAAAAACCUAUUCCCUGAGGUUCCCUUCGAAGUAAUCACUUGCGUCGUGGCGUUCAUAUUUAUGUUCUUUACCAGACUAAAAGUCACCAUUCACCUGGCGGCCUGUUUGAGUUCAGGACCGGAAGACUUUGUUUUUGGGCAGUGGUCAGGACAGUACGCCUGGGUUUACGACAAUACCUGGAUGACCACAAAUUACAUGGAUUUCGAUGAAGACGUGGAGUUGUAUGAUGCUUUCAGAGCUUUAUUUGGUGAGGUAUCGUGACAUCCGAACCGGCAUCAGAGCAUCCGAAGCACACUCCGAUACCAACGGAGACGAUAGCAAAUAAGUCAAACAAGGCUACAUAAAUGGAUGCCGAUGACUAGAUAAUGUAAUUUUGGCAACAAUUUAUCCAGGCAGUGUCAUCCUCAAGACAGCAUACAUUACAAGUAUCCCCCAUUUUUACGAAUGCUCUGCUCACAAAAUUUCACAUUAAGGAACUUGAUAAAUUAGGGGCAUUUUUUUCGUGUAACAGAAUCUGCAGGAUGAAAGGGGUGAACAAUUUUCACAUUCCUCACUGCCAAAAUGAGUAUUCAUACAGAUGACUUCAUGAAAAUUUUAUUCGGCAUUGCCGUUUUUAGCGGUGUUACCACGUGACAUGAAUAGCCACUCGAAGAUUCUGAAUGGACAAAACAAACUUACCACGAUUUAGAACAUCAAACCUACACCGAUUGAACAAAUUAAAUAAAUGCACGCCGAGAUUGCGGGUAGGCUAAUGAAAUACGAGACACUUUGUCAAUAAUUUCCAUGGCAGACUUUGAAAUUGAACUUUCUAGCCAUGCAGGAGAAGGGGCCACGGUAAUUGUUGGAAUUGGAAUGGGAAUGGAAAUUCGUAACGCCACAGAUGAACUAGACAUUCAAAGUCUUAACAUAACAUGCACAAUUACAUGCCGUCUAAACACACUAAUGCGCAAUCACUUUCGAACUAAGGGCUUCAAAAUUCACAAAACUCAUCUUCAAUUAUGUAUUUUAACUUUUAGAACGAAACAUCCUCUAUUCGGGGAGUCUCUGUUAAACAUAGAUAUUAUUUUCUACAGUUUUUGCAAAUCCCAUUCAUUUUUCCCGUAGGGAUUUUGGACUCCACCCCAAAUGUCGGAAAUGCUAACAAAUGCUUAAAGCCUACAAAAUGAAAUCAUGUGGGAGAAACUAACCCCAGCCUGGGCCAGUUGGACUGAGUGUUCCCACCACACUGUUGAUUAGAGCCCGACCGAUAUAUCGGCCAUUAUUUGACUUUUUUGACGAUAUCGGGAUCGGCAGUUAUGCAGCCGAUGUGUCCCGAUUUUUUAAUAAUUAUAAUAAACAAAAAAAAAAAA